AUGAAUAGCACCCCUGACAAGAAAGAAACGGACGAUUGCUUAUUCUGUCGAGUCACCGGGACGAUUGCACUCGGGGGAGUAUCUGCUUAUUCCUUUUUAAAGUUUGUACAAGCGCCCAUCAAGUCUGGGGACAGGAACUCGUCUAUCUCGAUGGACACAAACAAGAGCAACGCCGCACUGGCGUACAAUGUGCCCCCAAACGAUGCGAAGAACCUGUACAUGGAUUCCAAGUCCGACGACAUAGAAAUGUACGUAGAAAAUAUGCUUAAUGAACUGAAGGGGAAAAUGCAGAACUUGUCCAAUAAUCUGCUGAGCAAGGUAGACAAUAUGGAGAAGUCCCUGGAUGAGUUGGAGCAGGCCAUGUUAAGUUUUUCGAACAAGGCGGACGGGUGA